AUGAACCAGCAAGAAGACCUUGAACUUGCUCCUAUUGACCACGAGAUCGAACGGACUUUCAGAAAAAGGAGGAAAGAUCAAAAGGCUAAAAGCCGAGGCAUUAUGGCUGAACGCGUUGAUGAUGAUGGGGAUGGCCAGCAAGUUACUAAUCCCAUUGUUUUGGCGGAUGACAGAGCCAGAGCAAUACGGGAAUACGCUGCCCCCAUGUUCAAUGAGCUAAAUCCAGGCAUUGUGAGGCCAGAAAUACAAGCAGCUCAAUUCGAGCUCAAGCCGGUCAUGUUUCAAAUGCUCCAAACCGUGGGGCAGUUCAGCGGGAUUCCAACGGAGGAUCCUCACCUUCACCUUCGUUCAUUCUUGGAGCAGCUGGAAGAUGAGUCCACUAGUGACGCGUGGGAAAGAUUCAAAGAGCUUUUAAGAAAAUGUCCACACCACGGUAUCCCACACUGUAUACAGAUGGAGACCUUCUAUAAUGGCCUCAAUGCAGCUUCUAGAAUGGUAUUGGACGCUUCAGCCAAUGGAGCCAUUCUUUCCAAGUCUUACAACGAAGCAUUUGAGAUUUUGGAAAGGAUCGCAAGUAAUAACUAUCAAUGGUCAAACACUAGAGCUCCUACAAGUAGGAAGGUGGCGAGAGUUCUUGAAGUAGAUGCAUUAACGGCUCUAACAGCUCAAAUGGCCUCAAUGACCAACAUCUUGAAGAAUAUGAGUUUGGGAGGAAGUAUUCAGCCAGCUGCUGCCAUUCAAAGAGCAGAAGUGUCAUGCAUGUAUUGUGGGGACGGGCAUACUUUUGAGAAUUGCCCUUCAAAUCCAGCCUCAGUUUGUUAUGUGGGAAAUCAGAAUUUCAACCGCAACAACAACCCAUAUUCGAACACUUACAAUCCAGCAUGGAAGAAUCAUCCUAAUCUGUCAUGGGGGGGUCAAGGAGCAAGUUCAAGCACAGCACCAGCACAAGGAAGACAAGCAUAUCCACCAGGUUUUUCACAGCAGCCAAGACCUUCACAACAUGUUCAAAACUCCCAGCCGAACUCUUUGGAGAAUCUAAUGAGGGAGUAUAUGGCUAAGAAUGAUGCAGUAAUACAGAGCCAAGAAGCUUCUCUUCGUAAUCUUGAGAUGCAGCUCGACCAGCUAGCCAAUGAAAUGAAAACUAGGCCGCAAGGAUCUUUGCCUAGUGAUACGGAAAAUCCAAGGAGAGAUGGGAAAGAACACUGUAAAGCUAUUCAGCUGCGGAAUGGUAAAAAUCUGGGAAAUUCUGAGGAGAUACAGGGUAGUGGAGAGCCCACUUCAAUCCAAAGUGAAGGAGAAACAAGUAACAAAACUGCCCAGGAAAUUACUGAAACUAGCCCAGUUGCUACAGCAAAGGGUCAGCAAACUGCUCCAGUAAAUUCUGGUCCUAAACCGCCCCUUCCAUUUCCGCAACGAUUUCGCAAACAACAACAGGAUGGUCAGUUCAGAAAGUUUUUGGAUGUACUGAAACAGCUGCAUAUUAAUAUUCCCUUGGUCGAAGCAUUGGAGCAAAUGCCGAAUUAUGUUAAGUUUUUAAAAGAUAUUUUAACAAAGAAAAGGCGAUUGGGGGAGUUUGAGACUGUAGCUCUCACAGAAGGUUGCAGUGCGAUGUUGAAAAGCAAAAUACCUCCUAAGUUAAAAGAUCCUGCCAGUUUCACGAUUCCGUGCUCAAUUGGGGGUAGAGAUGUGGGAAGAACAUUAUGCGACUUAGGCGCUAGUAUCAACCUUAUGCCUAUGUCAAUUUUCAAGAAGCUGGGCAUUGGUGAAGCAUGA